AUGAACGGAUUAGAGGUACAGGACACAACUAGCGGGAACGGCAAUCUGCAUGCCAGAGUAUUCCGAGUCGUACUAACUUCGCACCUACCGGUCCUUUGCUUUCCACUAUCCCAGAUCGUUGCUGAUGUUAUUGGAAAGGAGUUCACCGAAUGUCGCAAAGGUGAUAACUGGGCUCAAAUGCCGGCUUUCGCUAUGGCCAAAAGGAUCAUGACCGCGGCCAGCGCGUUUGUAUUCUUUGGUGCAGAACUAUCAUCUGAUCCAGAGUUCCUGAAUGCGGCUCUUGCGUAUCCAGAGGACUUGUUCUCUACGGCCGAAGUUCUCCGAUUAUCUCCAGCUCUACUACAUCCCAUUCUCGCGCCUGUCCUGAUGCGCAAUCAUAAAGCAGUGCGGACUUUGGUCGAGCAUCUCGCACCCCUGGUCGAGUGGCGAUUAUCACAGGCAAGGCGAGGAUUGCCAUUCGAGAAUACCAAAGAGGAAAAGCCUGGAGAUUGCAUACAGUUCUUUGUCGAUGCAAAUAAUCAUAAAAAAGAGUGGACCGCCCAAAAGAUUACCCAGGUUCUCCUGGGCACGUGGUUUGCGGCCAUCCAUCAGCCGGCCCUCACGCUUGUGUAUGCCCUUCAAGACAUAUGCGACAACGCAGACUACCUUGAUGCUUUGCGGCAAGAGGUCUCUCAAAUCUACCCGUCUCUCACACUGAGUUCUGCAUGCCCAUCUUCAAUACAAAAACUCGAGAAUGCUCCACUGCUUGAUGCCUUUUUCAAAGAAUCAUCCCGGCUUCAUCCUUCGGAUUCAAUCUCCGUGCGCCGAAAGGUUAUUAGCCCGUUUACAUUUCACGAUGGAACUCAUGUCUUUCCGGGCGACGUAGCAUGUGUCCCGUCGCAGGCGGUGAUGACAGAUGAGAGAUACUAUACUGACAGCAUGAAAUUCUCGCCUUGGCGAUUCAUCAGGGAUAAUACUGACGGGGACCCCGUAGGGAAAUGUAGCCGGAGCAUUAGCAAGUUCACUGACACAGAUUUCAAGUAUCCAUUCUGGGGUUUGGGGAGACAUUCCUGGUGA